UCUUGCAUGGUACUGGGGGGGGCGCUCUGAUGCGUGGCUGGGGCCUUUGUUGACGUGUGUUGCGGCUCGGUGUGCAGUGUGAGCAGUACGCUUCCGCCCCACCCGCCUCCUCGCCCUCCUCCCCUCAGGUGCUUCCCAUCUCGGUUCGCGGUCUGGUUCUGCCGGUGCUGGUCGCCACCCGCGACAUCGCCCCCGGGGAGCAGCUGCUGCGCGACUACGGAGCCGACUGGUGGCGGGAGCUGGCGCCGGUGUGGGAGAUGCUGGAAGAGGACGAGCUGCCCGCUCAGCAGCUGCUGCAUGGGGUGUUGCCGGGACCUCCGCCACCUCCGCUGCAACAACAACAACAACAACCGCUGCAUCAUGCCCCGCUUCAGCUGCUGCAGCCCCAACACGACUGCCCAGCCCACCACCACCAGCUGCUGCCGCCGCCGCCGCCAGCCGCCACACACGCGCCGGUUCAGCUGCCGCGGGCGGAGCUGCUGCCGCAGCCACAGCAGCCCCCAACUGUUGCGGACCUGGUGGUGGUGGUUCCCAAGCAGGAGCCCCCCAGGGGGCUCCUGCCCCCGCAGCUCCCCCAGCAGCCGACGACCCAAAUGGAGCAACACCCGCCUUGCACCGCCACCGCUGCUCCUGCUGCUGCUGCUGCUGCUGCUGGCAUUGCUCCUGCUGCUGCUGCCGCUGCCACUGCCACCGCUGCCGCUGCGAGCCUUGACGCAGCAAGGGCCGCACAGCCGGGAAUCCAGCGCUGGAGCGACGACACCCACGUUGUCAUCAAGAGCGAGCCGGAUGAGGCGGCAGCAGUAAUCCCGCCGGGUGCAGGCGGCUGCGUGCCCUCGUUAAGGUGCAUGGGCUCUGGAUGGGCGGCUGCGGAGGGGGCCUCAGAUGCCCGAAUGAUGCGUGUGAUGUCGUACGAGGCGUGCGAGGAAGCAACGGAAGCUGGGGACAUGUCGCAGUCGCACCCAGCGGCCUCCUUGCCGUCCUCGCGCCCGCAUGGGGUGCAGGACCAGCCGCCGCAGCCAUCCGGGCUGGGGGUGCAGGAGGCCGGCGGAAGCGCGUUCGUCCCCCCCACGGUGCACGAACUGCCACCCCUACCGCCUACCGGCAUGGUGGCAACGGACGCACAGCCCACAGCAGCUCUUCACGGUCGGACGGGUAGCAGCGGCGCUGGGGCCAACUGGGCUGCGAGGGGGGUGGCGCCCCCCUCAUCAUCACAUGCCGCGGCCCCUCCGCCCUGCAUGCCGCCGUCGCUGCCGCCGUCGUUGCCCCGUCACUUAGCCAGCCAGCGCUCACGUCAGCCAGCUGGAGAGGUCUCGGCCUCCAUCUCCCGGGCACCGGACAAUGAUGACGACGGCGGCUGUGUCUGCGGCAGCAGCGGCGGUGGGGGCACCGGAGUGCAGCGGCCGGUUCCAUCUGCCACCGCCGCGGCAGCAAUCGCCAGUGCCAAACGCGAACCAGCCCGCAGCCGGAGCCGUAGUCACUCACGUGAGCGGCGGCGUGAGGGGAGACGCAGGGGCAAGAGCAGCUGCGGGAGCCGCAGCAUCAGCCGCAGCCACAGCCCCCGCAGACGCAACCUCAGGCGCUCGGGCAGCCGGGCUUGUAGCCGCAGCCGCAGCCCCCGUCGCCGUGAGCGUCGCAAGAGCAGCCGGAGCCGCUCCAGAUCUGCAGCCAUACGGCGGCCUCGGAGGGGAGAUUCGAGGGAAGCCCGAGGGGACAGCAGCGGCGGUCAGAGGCAGCGGCAGGGCGGCGGCGGCGGCAGGGGGGGCCUGAAGAGCAGCAGUAGGUCACCGCACGGGAGGGAGCAGCGCCGAGGGGAAGGCGGCGGCGGCGGUGGUGGUCCGGGGCGCAGUAGGUCACCGCACGGGAGGAGGGGGAAACGGCGGCGCGGGGGCGAGGAAAGCGGCGGCGGCGGCAGCAAGGGUCGCCGGCGGGAGGGCGGCCGCAGUCGCUCGGGCGAGAGGAAGCAGGCUGGCCUGGGCAGCCGGAGCAGGAGCAGGGGCAGGAGCAGGAGCAGGAUUCGCCACCGCCGCCGGUCAGGAGCCGGCGGGAUCAAGGGAGGCGAGGGAGGACGUCGCCGCCCCAGCUCCCGCAGUCCCGCGGGUCGGGAGGAGCCGCUGCGGCGCCCGCCCGCUCCUGAUGUUCCUCCUCCUCUUCCUCCUUCGGACAUUCCUCCUCCUCCUCCUGGUGUCUAUCCUCCUCCUCUUCCUGCUUCUCCUCCUCCACCUCUUCCUGCUGCUCCUCCUCCUCUUCCUGCUGCUGCUGCUGGAGCGGAAGGAGCGGUAGCGGAGCAACCUGGGGCAGCGGCUGGGGUCAGCAACGGCGGGAACAGCGGCAGCAACGGCAUGUUGGAAGCGGUGGCGGCGUUGCUCGCUGCGGGGGUCGCGCUGGGUGAAGCAGAAGCAGCUGGGCAGGAAGAGCGGGAGGAGGUGGAUAUGGAUCUGGAAAUGGAAGCAGAGCCGCCCGCUUGCGUAACACCAGCAACAACCGAUGCCGGGGACGCUGCCGCUGCCGCUGGUGUUGGUGCUGCUGCUGCUGCUACCGAUGGUGCAGCGCAGCAGCAAGUGCAGCCCGCACCGGCGGCGGCAGCAGCAGCUGAGGCACCGCAGCCCUCUAGCGGGCCCGCAGAGGCUCCUCAAGCAACACAAGACGCCCCGGCCGCCGAAGAUAGCACUGUUCCUGCACCUGCACCCCUCACCGCCAUCACCAUUCCCGCCGCCGCUUCCACCAGUGACGCUGAGUUCUCGCUUCCCCCCGCCUCCAGCCGCCAAGUGCCGCUGCAACCCACCAGCAUCAUCGUGCCCCUGCCCGCUUCCUCCCUCCCGCCACGUGGCGCCGCCCACCCCGCCUGGUACGACAGGCACGGCAAGGCUCUGGGCGCAGCUGACGUGGCAUGCGGCCGCUUCGUGCCCUCUACUGCCAUGCUGGGCCCGGGUGGGGUGUUUGAGGGGCUUGCGGCGCGAGCAGGAGUAGG